UCUGAUUGGUCCGAUCCAAAGGCAGAUAACUAACCUGAGGGGUUGUGAGCCCUGGGAGUUCCCUCCUUCCCCAGGAACAGUUGCAAGGUGCUCGCUGUGCCAGUCCUGAGAAACGCCGUUCAGCUCCGAGCCCGGCCCCGUGGGCCUCCCAGCACCAGGAUGGUUUCCUUCAUCUGCUGCCUUCUCCCUGCUCUCCUAGCUACAACGAGUGCACAAGCGUCAACCCUGACAUGCAAAACCUGCUUUGAUUCAGCGGACGCCUGCCGUACUGCUCAAAGGACCUGCAGAGUAGACAAGGCUACAGGUGGCUGUUUUGCGGUGGCAGAAGAUAUUACACUGGAGGGGACAAAGACCACGGGCUUCGCCAGUCACUGUAUAGAUGACUAUAAUAUGGGAGUUAAAGACCCUGUCACUGUCACUCUUGGGAAUGGCACGUAUCUGCGGAUCAACACCACAUGGUGCAACACAGACAAUAACUGUAACUCGGCUGUACCGGAAGUGCCCACGGGGAGCACCACCUUGAACGGGCUGCAGUGCCCAACCUGCUUGUCUCUGAGCGCCGAUACCUGUGACAGCCACAUCGCCCCUUGUACAGGGGACGAGACCUAUUGCAUCGAUUUCGCUGGGACGAUACAGAAAGGUUCAGAGAUAUCAACAUUUGCUGCAAAAGGCUGUGCUACAGCGUCCACAAAAGUGAUUAAAGUGGGAAUCAGCCUGGCUUCUGCACUCUCUGUGUUCACGUUCACAAAGGCGACCUCCAAACCUGCGGAGAAAACACCCACCAGUGGGGCCACCCCGGCUCUGGGGAGAUUCUCCUUUGCCCUCUACCUGCCUGGCCUGACUGGGCUGCUGCUGGUGAAGCUGCUCUCCUGACCCCGCCCGGCACGGCCCACGCAGCACCUGAUUCCUGCGCGUUGCAGCCCGAGCUCGGAAUCGUACGUUAAUUCUAUUGAUUAUUCACAAAUUCCCAGUGCUCGCUGGGAGGUCUGACAGCCUCUAGUUCCUAGAUCCGUCCCAGUGUCAUUAAAAUUGCUGUUCAGCUGGGAACCCCGAGGGGGCCGGUCGCAGCCCUCGCACUGGAGGAAACUUCUGUGUUUCUAAUCAUUGAUCAACUCGUUUAGCAGAGUCCCAAAUGCUCCAGCCCAGGAAGGGGGACAGCAGUAAUACAUGUGAGCUGUCCCGUUCUCGCACCGCCCCUUGCAGAACAACCGGAAAUGUUAGUCAUUAUCUUCCUCCUCACCAGCACCUUCCUCCUCAUCACCCGGGGCCGUGAUCCGGGCACCCCCCAAACGCUGCCUCUUGCUCGCCUCCUGCCCACAGGUUGGGGUACAACUUUAUAAUAUAUUAUUCCCAUGUCACUGUGCCUAAUGCCUAUUCAGUAGGGGGUUCUCCCCUCCUCCUUAUCUGUAUCUCCUCACCCUGCCGAUGUCAGGGUCCCUUCUCCUGUAGGUUAGGAUGUUACUGAUCUCAGCUUAUUCUCAGACACGUCAAUUCCUUGCCAUGGCCGGCUUGUGCUCAGACAUCUGCAGAAGUUCCCAUCCUAUAAUAUCCCAAAGCCGGCGUUAGCUCACGUCCCUGUGGCUGGCUGGUGUCAUUAUGGAGAAACCUCCCAUUUAAACACUCUGUUCCCAGGUCCCCCAAACGUAGGGGCGAGUUGUGAUAAGUAAAGUUGGGGGAUCGCGAUCUGCGGCAAUUCAGCGGGAGGUCCUUCGCUCCGAGCAGGAGUGAGGAACCCUCCGCCGAAAUGCUGCCGAAUCCUUGAAAGUGCCGCCCCGCUCCGGAGUGGCCGCCUCAAGCAC